AUGGAGGCAUGGUGGACCCCGGUCCUUGUCGAUGGAAGGGCUCCUGAUUUGGUUUUAGGUGUUCUUUUUAGUUUAUUUAAGAUUUGUGUCCUGCUCAAGAAGCGAGGAAUAAAGCCAUUCCACAUGCAUUCACACGAGCCCCGGAUGCGGUGGACGGAGGAGCUGCACCGGCAGUUCAUCGAAGCUGUCGAUUGCCUCGGCGGCCAGGACGAGGCAACGACAAAGCGAAUUCUUCAGCUGAUGGGCGCCAAGGGAGUCAGCAUAUCUCACAUCAAGAGCCAUCUCCAGAUGUACAGGUCAAGCUCUAGCAACACCACCUGCAACGGUCUACCCAAUGCAUCCGUUGCUAGCCGUCGAGAUCACCGUGUCGUUGACGGGCCAGGCCACAGGAACGGAAAUGACAUGGGGGAGAGGACCAACGAUGCUUCUUCUUACGCCGUGCCUCCCCACGGCCACCGCUCAUUGCCGCCAUACCAAUUGUGA